CGUGGAUCAAGGAGACAUUGGUUCAAUGUUACCUAUAAGUAAGGCAGAGAAGUUCAAAGUAGGUCUUUCUUUCUUUCCCUUUUCACAAUUUCAAGCCCUCCAAUCCGAACAGCAACACGACCAUCCUGAGACGAACACCUGUUGGUGCAUCCAUCAAUCACCAUAGACACAGCCACUGCCUUUCUGUUCAACCCAAUACAGUAGUGCUGGAAGCAAAUCUACUGACGCAGAGAGACUGUCCAUCACGAGCAAUUCUCCCCGAGAUCAACGUACCAGCAAGUCAGUCACACGGCCCAGACGCUGGAGUGCUUUUCAAAAUGUCAACACAUCAACCAAGAAUUGCUAUCAUUGGAGGCGGGCCUGCCGGGCUGACGGUUGGAAUUCUCCUUCACAAGCACCAAAUUCCCUUUACCAUUUUUGAGUAUCGGGCCAAACCUACAGAUGAUGAACUCGCAAGCCCGGUCGGAAUGCUUGACCUGCAUGAAGAGUCUGGCUUGGCUGCGUUGAAGGAGUGUGAUCUCCUGGAAGAGUUCAAGUCGCACACGACUGUGUGCAGCGAGGCUCAGAUUAUCGCCAACAAAGAAGGGAACAUCAUAUACACGGACGAUGGUGGACCAGAGCAUCGCCCAGAGAUUUCGCGCAACUCCUUGACAAAAUUACUCCUUGAUCAGUUACCGGUCGAUAGCGUCCAGUGGGAGCACAAACUCUCUUCCGCCAGCUAUCUCGCUGAAGGAUCGCACAAUGUGGAAAUCGAGCUCAACUUUGGCCAUCUCGGAAAACGAACUUUCGAUUUCGUGGUCGGCGCCGACGGCACCUGGUCUCGUGUCCGUACGCUAUUGACAAGUGCAAAGCCCGCAUAUGCAGGGUUCCAGUACAUGAUGCUGGCUAUCCGGCAGGCGACAGAGAGAUAUCCAGCCCUUUCGGACUACGUCGGCACUGGAGGCUUCACAUCUCUUGGUAACAGACGCGGCAUCAUGUGCCAACGUGCCUUGCAAGAUUCCGCUCUGAUGUAUGCCUUCCUCUCCACCGACAAUGAGAAUUUCGGUGAGGACUCUGGCCUCGUAAAGGGAACACCCGCAGAAGCGAAGGAGAGAUUGUUGAAUGACGACGAACUUUUCGGACAAUUUGGGCCGAAAUUGAAGGAGCUGUUGCAGACUGCGUGUGAAGAGGAGACGAAGACGAUGCCAGAUGCAAAGUUAUUGCUGAGGUCGCUGUACACGUUGCCACCGGGACAUUCAUGGGAGCACAAGACAGGAGUGACACUGGUGGGAGACGCUUCCCACGUGAUGUUACCAUUUGCAGGAGAAGGAGUGAAUGUCGCUAUGUGGGAUGCCCUCGACGUGUCGCGCGCCAUAAUCAAGGCAUAUGAGAAUUCACCCACGACUUUUACCACGUUUCAAACGACUUUGGACCCCUUGAUCAAGGAAUUCGAGGUGAACAUGGCGGCGCGGGCGAAAGAGAAGGCAGAGGAGGCUUCCAACAACGCCAAGCUCAUGCUCGGCGGCGAAGACGGCGCCACAGCUAUGGCUGAGUGGAUGAGAGCAGCAAUGCAACAAGCUCAAGCAUCGAGGCCUUCAGAUGAAUGAUACGCUGCUUGGCUCUCACGAGUCCAUCCCAGCAUUUUUCGGAGCAAAGGCGACUGGCGAAUGGCGAUAAUGGGUUACAUGUUUUAGAAUAUACGAAGAAAAGAUAUCUUCUCUCAGCAUGCAUUGAUAGAAUCAGAA